GGAGGGGAGCAUGGCGAAUUGGGUGGUGGAGAUCGACAAGGAACUCGGGAACAUCGACCGGGCACGCGAGAUCGAGCAAUGGAACAAGCGGUCGAUCUACAGGGUACCGGCCUGCAUCAAGGUGCUGAACCCUAAGGCGUACCAGCCGCAGGUCGUGUCGUUCGGGCCGUACCACCACGGCGAACUGGACGUGGCGCCCAUGGAGGAGCACAAGCGGCGGGCGCUGCUGCACUUCCUGAAGCGGUCGAAGCGUCCGCUGAAGGAGUUCGCGGACGCGAUGGAGGCGGUGGCGGGGCAGCUGCGGGAGGCGUACGAGGGGGUGGGGGACAAGUGGCGGGACGAGGAGAAGUUCCUGAGUCUGAUGGUCACCGACGCGUGCUUCAUGCUGGAGAUCAUGCGGGCGGCGACGGCGACGGCGAGCGGCGGCGGGGGGCCGAACGACGACGACUACGCGGUGAACGACCCGGUGUUCAGCAGCCACGGAAUGCUGUACCACGUGCCGUACAUAAAGCGGGACAUGCUGAUGCUGGAGAAUCAGGUGCCGCUGCUGGCAUUGGACGUGCUGCUCACCAUCGAGAGUGGCAAGCCGGCGAAGCAUGAGCACGUGAAUAAGCUGGUGUUGAAGUUCUUGGGACCACCGAACGCGCGGGCCUUGACGUUGGCCGGGCUGGGCCUCCACCCCCUCGACGUAUUCCGCCGCAGCCUGCUGCAUUUGGGAGGGUCAUCGAUGCGGUCGAGUGCCGGCCCCCCCGACGAGGGGUCGAGCGAGGUGAUCCGGUCGGCGGUGGAGCUGUACGAGGCCGGGAUCCGUUUCCAGCCGAGCAAGAGCAACAGCCUGCAGGACAUCCGGUUCCACCGCGGCGUGCUGAGCCUACCGGUGAUCGUGGUGGACGACUCCACCGAGUACAUGUUCCUGAACCUGAUGGCGUUCGAGCGGCUGCACGUGGCGGCGGGCAACGAGGUGACGGCCUACGUCUUCUUCAUGGACAACAUCAUCGACUCGGCCAAGGACGUGAGCCUGCUACACUCGAAGGGCAUCAUCCAGAACGCGGUGGGCAGCGACAAGGCCGUGGCGAAGCUCUUCAACAGCCUGUCCAAGGACGUGGUGCUGGACCCGGAGAGCAGCCUCGACGAGGUGCACCGCCGGGUGAACAAGUACUGCCGGAAGAGCAUCAACAUGUGGCGGGCCAACCUCAUCCACACCUACUUCCGUAGCCCCUGGGCGUUCCUCUCCCUCGCUGCCGCCAUCUUCCUCCUCGUCCUCACCGUUCUGCAGACUGUCUACACCAUCGUCCCCUACUACCACACCGACGCCGCCCCCUCUCCUCAGUGACUUAAGAGAAUUAGAUCCUGAGACUUUGGCCUGUGUGUUUGGUUGUGUUUUUGUUUUUCUGAUUCGUUUUGCAUUUUUCUUUCUUUUCUUUAAUUAAUUUGAACGUGUGAGAUUUUUUUUUUUUUUGGGAGUGAGCGUGCUCGUAUUUGCAAGGAAUUCGGGUUCUUCGGGUUGAACAAUGAAUAAAAAAAACAGAGGUCAGUUAAAAAUUAAUUUAAUCAGAGUAUUUCCAUU